AUGCGUUUCGACGUGGCCUUCAUCGGCUCUCUCCUCCUGAACACCGUCGCGGCCAACGCCGUCGCCGACGUGCAGCAGUCGCACCAUCAACCGCGGCACAUUGUGCGCGUCGAUGGCGAGGCUGCACCCCGCGCCGCUCCGCCCGAGGUAGAGUCUGACGACUCGUCUGACCUCUGGAAGCGUCGUGGCGGCGGCGGUGGAGGUGGCCGUGGAGGAGGCGGUGGCAGCCGUGGUGGCAGCGGUAGCAGUCGCGGCAGCGGCAGUGGAAGCUCUCGAGGAGGUUCGUCCCGCGGCAGUGGUGGCGGCGGCGGCAGCGGCAAUAACAAAGGCUCAUCUCGUACAGGUUCUAGCGGCACACGCGGCCAAGGCACAAACACCCAGAGGAGCUCCAACGUCGGAGGCUACUCGCGACUCGGCUCCGGCCCGCAGCCACGAUUCGGCGGCGGUAAAUACUACGGCGGCGGCUCGACAGUUCCCUAUAGCUCAGGGGCAAAGACGCCCAGCGGUCUCGGGUCUCGAGGACCCUUGAGAGGCGGUGCUCUGGCGUUCCUCCCUGCUGCCGCCCUACUCCCCGUGGGCAUCGGCCUCUGGAUGUACGGGCCAUACAACUACCACCACCACUACUACAACUCGACCAGCAAGCAAGAUGAGGAAAGGCAGAUCAUUUGCCACUGUGAGGAGCGCAUGGUCUGCAUGUGCGACGACAUUGAUGAUGAGGAGUUCUGGGACGAUCUGAUCGGCGACGGCGACUACGACAAGCUCAACAAGACUCUGGUGGAUGUGCAUGACGUGAACGGCACAACAACCAUCACGGUCAACGGCACUCUGCCAAACGGCACGACCGUGCCCGGCGACGAAGACGAGUACGAAGAGUACCUGACGAACACUGGCAUCAGCCUGGGACAGAGUCUUGGUAUGUUGCCGGCGGCCGUGGCCGUCUUUGGCUUCGCGCUGUUCGCGUAA